AUGGCUUGGUCUUGGCUUUGCGCACUCUUAGUGCUUUCGCAAGUCAGCGCGAUUUCACUUCCAAUCCAGAAUCGACAAGAUGCAGAUGCUCGCAACGGCUUGAAAUGCAAAUGCUAUGAAGGCGAACGUUGUUGGCCGUCGGUCGGGGAGUGGAAGGCGCUCAACGCCUCUGUUGAUGGACAGCUUCAGAGAGUUCUGCCACUCGCGGUCUCAUGUUACAAUACCUUUGAGGGUGUUGCUACUUAUAAUGCAGACAAAUGCGCCGCCGCGACAGCGGGGUUCUCAAGUCAAGCUUAUGUGGGCAAUGAUCCUGUGUAUGCAAUGAAUCCCCUGUAUACGAACGAUACUUGCUUGCCAACGACAAACCCCAGCGCAAGCUGCACACAAGGCUAUUUAUCAGAUUAUGCAAUUGUGGCAACGAAAGAAAGGCACAUUGCAGCAGGAGUAAAAUUCGCUCGCAAAAACAAUAUCCGACUUACGAUCCGCAACACAGGCCAUGACUUCAUGGGCCGUUCUUCCGCAUACGGUGGUCUGACCAUCAACACCCACCGCUUCAAAGAUGUUGCAUUUACCGCCAAAUACAAAGGGCCAGGUGGGUAUAAAGGAAGUGCAGUGACUGUCGGGGCCGGAAUUCAAGUCGGUGAGCUGUACAAGCUAGCAUUCGAGCAAAGUCCGAAAGUCACUGUCGUUGGGGGAGAGUGCGCGACAGUGGGAUUUGCGGGUGGCUACAUUCAAGGGGGAGGACACGGCCCGUUGGCUACCCUUCAUGGAAUGGCAGCUGAUCAGGCUCUUUCCUUUAAUGUCGUCACAGCAGAAGGAGAUAUCGUGAAAGCGAACGCGGAUGAGAAUAAAGACUUGUUUUGGGCGCUUCGAGGUGGCGGUCCAGCAACAUUUGGUGUUGUAACAUCCGUCACGGUAAAAACAUUCCCAGAAGUGCCUUCUGCAGGAACGAUACUCGACAUCAAUAGCACCCAUACCACCGACCCGGCUGUUUUCUGGAAAGGAGUCGAAGCGUUCCAUGCUCAAGCGAACCACUUCGUCGACAACGGAAUGUUUGUAUAUUAUGUCAUUCUGUCAGGAAGCCUGCACGUCCAGCCACUCUACGGCCCAAAUAUGAAUUCGGAGAAGCUGUUGAAGGUACUAAAACCACUCUUCGACGAUCUGAAAGCCAAAGGAGUGCCAUAUAGUACUUCAACAAAAGAGUUCCCAACAUUUUACGAGCUUUACAUGGACAUAUUCGAGCCUGAAGGCGCUGGCUCAGACCAAUUGACAGGUGGUCGGUUUAUGCACCGUGACGAUAUAGCAGCAAAUAACAGCGGAAUUAUGGAAGCGUACAAGACAGCGCUUUCUCCCUCUCCGGAAUUUCCUUUCGGCAUUGUCGUUGGCCAUAUCGUUGGCCCUGGCUAUGGCGCGCCAUCGGUUGACGAUGCAGUUCAUCCUCUCUGGAGAAAGGCAACAAGUUUCAGUAUCACCAGCUUGUUUCCAACAGCAGCCAAUUGGAAAGCAGCAAAGAAGGUUCAGACUGAAGUGGUAACCAAAGCGUUGGAUGAAGCUGCACCCAAAGGAGGGGCGUAUGUGAACGAGUGCGAUCUUGGUCAGCCUGAUUGGCAGAACCAGUUCUGGGGGAGUAAUUAUCCUCGAUUGCUUAAGACCCGCCAGAAAUGGGAUCCAGAGGGGAUAUUCUAUGCCGAAACCACCGUUGGAACAGAAAAAUGGGCGGAAUUUGGAGAACCACCGAGGCUUUGCAAGAAAAACUAA